UUACUGUCUUACCUCUCUCUCUCAUUAGAGCCACGAGUAUCCAAUGGAGAGCACGCCCAGAGGCAUCUGUCUGAUCAUCAGCAACAAGACGUUUAAAAGAUUAGGUCAAAGACUUGGAACAGAGAUGGAUGUUGAAUCCCUGUCGACUGUGUUUGACUGGCUGGGGUUCAAAGUGCUGCUGUGUAUGGAUCAGAAGAAACAAGAGAUCGAGAGAGUGGUGAAGGUAAUCUCUCAGUUGAAAAAUGUGUCCGAUCCUGGUGGUGAUCUGCAGUAUCUGGCUGAUCUGAAGCAGCUUGGUCUGUACGAGUACGUCAAUGGAGAGUACGCUCUAUUGAGGGAAGUUCCACAACAUGGUGAUGCCUUCAUCUGCUCCAUCCUGACCCAUGGAAAUGAGAGUGGUGUUGCAGGUGUUGACGACAAAGUGCUUCCCAUAAACAAUUUGCUCUCGCCAUUCAACGGAGAGAACUGCCCAGCCCUCAUCGGCAAGCCCAAGGUGUUCUUCAUCCAGGCAUGUCGGGGGAACCAUCCCAUGGGGGAAGUUAAGCAAGAGCCUGUCGAUGGUGAAGCGGAACCAUACAAAAACCUUGGGAGUUCCAGGAACCUCCCAUCAGAGGCCGAUUUCCUGAUUGUCGAGGCAACCGUGCUGCAUUAUGUCUCCUACAGGAAUUCAGUUUUGGGGGCCCAUUUCAUCCAGGCUCUGUGUCAUGAACUGAUCUUACACUGCCCUAGGUAUUAAUUCAUCAUGUACAUCUUGACUGAAGUGAAUGAAAAAGUGAGUGAAGGAAAAAAUACACAGAUCUCCGAACCCACUUUCACCCUGAGAAAGAGGCUGGUGUUUCCUGUUUCUGGUCCAUAUCCGGACAGUUC